GAAAGGAAAAUUAAUAAUAAUACUGAAGUAAAUCCCAAGAUGACUUCCAUUAAAAAAGACAACUUCUGUGAACAUGAUGUGAAAAAGCUAGAGAAUAUUUGUCAGCAAAAUUUUCCAAAUAUAUCUGUGGAAGUUGGUGCAAAGCACCCAGAUGUGCCUCAGACAGGCAGCAUGUAUAACUGGGAGGCUGAAGGUGUGUGUAAAGACCCAAUCUUGGACUCGGAGCCUGUGAAGGGGACACAAUCUGGAGAGCUGUUUAGAAAUGCCAACAUUGAUCAGCUGCAUAAAACUGGCAAACAGGCCCAAAGAGGCUCCGAAGAAAACAGUGACAUUUGGACUCAAAGGAAAUUAUCUUCAGGACGGUCUUUGAAAACGGGAAAUACAAAACUUUCUUCAAAAGUCACUGAGACGGAUGCACAAGUUGUUUCCUGCAGUUCACAGAAGCUGAAGAGUUGCAAUUCUGAUGAUGUAGCCUGCUCAGUGAGUGAACAAGAGGAAGGGGAUGUAGUUCCAGAAAGCCCCCUUUCAGAUGCGGGUUGUGAUGCUUGUGUAUCUGAUCUUGGAGGUCCUGGGAAGCUGAGCAAAUGUCAGAGUAGUUCAGGAGAUUCUCCUGCUUUUGAGAAAGAAAGUGAACCAGAGUCACCAAUGGAUGUAGAUAAUUCUAAAAAUAGCUGUCAUGGAUCAGAGGCUGAUGAAGAAACAAGUCCUUUUUUUGAUGAGAGAGAGCAGAUAAAUAUGUCAAAAUCCAUAAACCAGUCUCCCAGAAUUCAGUGUGGGGAUACUGAACUGGAGGCAAGGAAGUCACAGUUCUCUACCAAGGGUUGUGAAGGCUUUGAGGGGACAGAUAACUCUGCCAAAGAGGAUGAGCUGCAUAUGAAGUCACUUGGUAUCUGUCCUGCUCCACUGUCAGAAUGCAAAGGUGCAAAACAGGGUGGGAAGAAAGACUCCAAAAUCACCUCUCAUUUCAUGAGGGUACCUAAAAUUGAAGAGAAAAGCAAGAAAGAAAAGUGUGAAUUCAAACCUCAGAGGCCAGGAAGGAAGAUUCCUAAAUAUGUGCCCCCUCCGCUUCCAGCUAAUAAGAAGUGGUUUGGGACACCAAUUGAGGAGAUGAGAAGAAUGCCUUUGUGUGCGGCCCGUCUUCCUCACCUGCGACCCUCAGCUAAUCACACAGUAACCAUCAGAGUAGACCUUUUGAGGGAAGGAGAGGUACCUAAACCUUUUCCAACUCACUACAAAGACUUGUGGGACAACAAACAUGUCAAAAUGCCCUGCUCCGAACAAAAUCUCUACCCUGUAGAGGAUGAGAAUGGGGAUAGAACUGCUGGAAGUCGAUGGGAACUAAUUCAAACUGCCUUACUUAAUAAAUUUACCUGCUCACAUGAUUUGAAGGAGGCUAUCCUGAGAUACAACGUUGCUUAUGCUAAGAAGUGGGACUUCACGGCUCUUACUGACUUCUGUGAUAAGGUAGACCAAGUUGAUUUGAA